GGCGCCCUCGCCCGGUUGUUGUUCGCUGAGGCGCCCGACGCUAUCGCCCUCCCUCCAAAAUCAAACUAUUGAAACUUCUGUCUCGAGCCCGAUCGGGCAGUACUACAAUUCAGUGAUUUCAAGGCAUUUCGUCGAACACAUUCAAAGCACUAUUCUUACAACUCCCAACGGUUAAAAACCCAAAAACUGAAAGGGCAGCCGGACACCGCAAACUCAGGAGUCGGAGCUUCGUCUGAAGUUAGUCGUUACGCAUUACACAUUUACACUAACAAAGGAACAAGCACGUCUACGACAUAGUACCUGAUAGUAGUAUACUUACUGUAUACAACAGUGGCGUCGAUUUUCCAGGCGGCAAAUAUGCUCGGACUUCGACUUAGCGUCACUCCUGGCACUGCAAUUCUGCAAUCUUCUUCUCGCAAUUCCAUCUUCUUCAACAAUUCAAAAACCCUUCAUUUUCGACGCUUCAAAUUCUCUUCACUACGCUGCUUUUCUUCUUCACCUAUGGCUACUGCUCCCAUCGAACGUAUCAAAGUUCAAAACCCUAUUGUCGAAAUGGAUGGUGAUGAAAUGACGAGAAUUAUAUGGAAAAUGAUCAAAGAUAGGCUUAUAUUUCCAUUCUUGGAUUUGGAUAUCAAAUACUAUGAUCUCGGAAUUCUUAAUCGCGAUGCAACUGAUGACAGGGUCACUGUGGAAAGUGCAGAAGCCACCCUUAAGUACAAUGUUGCUGUCAAAUGUGCCACGAUAACUCCUGAUGAAACCAGAGUCAAAGAAUUCGGGUUGAAGUCCAUGUGGAGAAGUCCCAAUGGUACUAUCAGAAACAUUUUGGAUGGGACUGUUUUUCGCGAGCCAAUAAUGUGUAAGAACAUUCCAAGGAUUGUAUCUGGCUGGAAAAAGCCCAUUUGUGUCGGCAGACAUGCUUUUGGUGAUCAAUAUCGAGCCACUGAUACACUCAUCCAAGGCUCUGGAAAGCUUAAAUUGGUAUUUGUCCCAGAAGAUGGAGAGAAUCCCAUGGAACUUGACGUCUAUGACUUCAAAGGGCCUGGAGUUGCAUUGGCGAUGUAUAAUGUUGAUUCUUCUAUUCGAGCUUUUGCUGAGUCAUCAAUGUCGUUGGCUUUUGCAAAGAAGUGGCCACUUUAUUUAAGUACCAAAAAUACUAUCCUCAAAAAGUAUGAUGGCAGGUUUAAAGACAUAUUCCAGGAGGUAUAUGAAUCCAACUGGAAGCCGAAAUUUGAAGAACACUCGAUAUGGUAUGAGCAUCGAUUGAUUGAUGAUAUGGUUGCUUAUGCAUUAAAAAGUGAAGGUGGAUAUGUUUGGGCUUGUAAGAAUUAUGAUGGAGAUGUUCAGAGCGAUUUACUUGCACAGGGUUUCGGGUCUUUGGGUUUAAUGACAUCUGUGCUGCUAUCUUCUGAUGGAAAAACGUUAGAAGCAGAGGCGGCUCAUGGGACUGUAACACGACACUUCCGAUUUCAUCAAAAAGGGCAAGAAACAAGCACUAAUAGUAUAGCUUCUAUAUUUGCAUGGACACGUGGACUGGAACAUAGAGCAAAGCUUGACGAAAAUCAGAGUUUGCUCGACUUUGUUCAAAAAUUGGAAAGUGCCUGCAUUGACACAGUUGAAUCAGGGAAAAUGACUAAAGAUCUGGCUCUGCUAGUACAUGGGCCAAAGGUUACUAGGGAACAGUACCUGAACACUGAAGACUUCAUUGAUGCUGUUGCUAAGAACCUUAUUGCAAAUAUUAGAGUACCAUCACACUAGAUUCUAAGAUUUUAGUUGGAUCUGUGCGCGCGCCAACUUGCCAGUUUGAUGGUUCUAAAAGAUUUUCUUUUUGUGAAAAUAUUUGAUUGCAACACAUAGAGAUAGAGAGACAGAGAGAAUUAGGAUGAUACGAGACAUUUUUGUUAUAUGAAAGGGUGGAGAAGAAUAAUCGACCCUCAGAUAAUCAGAUUAAUAAACCAAUGCAUGUGACUAAUCCAAGUUUUAAUUGACAA